GAGAGCAGCACUGGCGAGAAAAGAUGGAGUGGAGGCCAGGGAAGACAACCCAUGCCCGCAGGAACCUCUUUGGCCCCGUAGACCAUGAGCAGCUGCGGCGGGACUUCCAGCACACACUGCGCGACAGCGUCGAGGGGGCCCAGCAGAAAUGGAACUUCGAUUUCCUCCGGGACGUGCCGACGGAGGGGCUCCUGCAGUGGGAAGAGCUCGAAGGCCACGAUGUGCCCACCUUCUACCACAGCUGCGUGGUGGGAGACGCUCGGAGACCACUGCAGCCCUUGAACCGGCCCCUGGGCAGGGGGGGCAAGAGUCACCAUUUUGCCCAGGUCAUGCUGACUGAGAAACCCAAAACUUCCAAGAAAACAGGGAGCAAGAGGAUCUCGGAAGGGAAGAAAAGAAGACAGGCGUCUUUGACAGAUCACUACUCGGCAAAGAAGCGAGUCAAAAUGAAUAUGCACGCAGCUGUGAAGAAGUCAACUUCUUGAAAGCAAGGAGAGGAUUGCUCUGCACCGGAGAGGUUGGAAACAUCUGCCAAGCUUCCUCAACCUUCAAAAACCGGUUGUGCAGGCUGCAGACACUUAGGGGCAUCCCACAGAGAUGUAUUCCUGACAGCAGCAGUGAAAACAGAAAAUACUUUCAUUGGGAUGGGGUCAGGCCAAAUCAACUGGAAUCACUUUGAUGAGAAAUAACUGGCAUUAAAAACCACUGGUAAGCAAGUUUGGACACUCCAGAAAUUGGCUAAGGCUAGCAGUUUAACAUCCAUUGAAAAUCACUGUACAUGAGAAAGUGGUAAACAGUUAAAACAACUGUAUACGUGUAAUAAUGUGCUUGGACAAGUCACUGUACAGUUGGGGCCUUUCAUAUUGUCACAUCUUUACAUACCCUCUUUUGUGGUUUUAGCAGGGACGGCUUACUAAGUUUCACCAUCUCAGCUUUACAGAUCUGACACCCUAAAAAUAAUUCCCAGCCCUUUCUGUGAUUUUUUUUCAGGUACAGAAUUUUGUGCUUGCAACUCUUCAGGGCGUAAGUAACAGUGCUUGGGUGCCAAACGCUGGGAUGUAAAUGGAGAAAGCUGAAAUUAUUUGGGAACUUUUCCAUUUAUAUCAGCAGCCAUUUUAGCCCUGUAUGUCUGCCCCCCACACAAGAAUUAGGUUGUUAAACUUAUAUGAUAUGGGGAGAAAUUUGCAGUAUAUUCUUGUAUCUUUCAAGUCAUUCCUGUUCCCAGCUGGGCCAAAUCCAGCCUUUAAUUUGGGUUGCGCUGUUCCAUCUAGGUCUAUGAGUCUGCAUUGUGCAAAUGAGGAUAAAAUUUGCUGUGCAUUUGUCUACGGUGUUUUAAAAUGCCUGCUGCUUGUAAGAACACAGUAAGAAUGAGUGAGAUAUAGUUUAGUUGCCAUUUUGUGCUUUUUAUUUAUUCUAUUAAUCUUUCUGUAAGAAGAGAAAGGGUAUUAGUAACACUGAAAAGUUACACAUGCAACAAUCUUGGUGUUGCAUGGACUGCUUUUGUAUGGCAUUUGUUAACAUAUACUCUUCCAUCACCUACUUUUUAUUUCCCUUUUUUAUUCCCCUGACUAGUUGGGAUAAUUGAAAUUUUACAGCACAUAAUAAUCAGCGGGUAAACCAGAAAAAGAAACCUAUAAAAUAUACUCUCUAAAUUACACUGCUGCAUAUGGCCUUAAGAUGCAUGCAGUGUUUAAUGAACUUGUUUGGAAAGAGCUCUGUAAAUGUCAGGUUUUUAGAACGACAUGACAUGAUGGACUGCUGCUUUUUGUCUCAAAUGUAAACAAACUAAGGUUUCUCUUGGGUAGUAAAAAUAAACGUGCUUGCGUGUGUGUGUGUCAGGUGUACGCACGAAAAGUGGUGUAAGCAAGUCAUACACCCUGCAUUACCUGCAACACCAGGAGGGUUUAGUGUGUUUCUUUUUUUCCCAUUAAGAGCUACAAGUGUUUAGACAUAAAUAAUAGUUGGUUUUCUCCAAAAUGUCCCAAGACAGUGAUUUCAGUCUGUUUCUGUAUGCUGAGAUAAAGAUACUCAGCAAAUUGCAGGAUUGGAGCCCAUUUCCAGCUACAUGCAAGAGUCAUGACCUGUGAUUUUCCCUCUUGGAUUUUUGAUUUAGUUAGGAACAAACCUUGCUCCAGCUGAUGUCAAAGGGAGUUUUACCCAAAUGAAGCAGGAUGAGGGCCAGCCUGGCAACUGCUGCUCACAGAGCCUUCAGUAUGUUUGUGGGCCAGGCCAGUCUGUUACAAGAUGUAGCAUAAAGGUGUGGGAUUGGGCUUUUUGUAUAUUUGGUUUUAUUUUUAAAGUUUCCUUGUGAUUAGAACAGUCUAAUCUAUUUUUCUUUUUUAAAAUAUGGUGAUUUUCUCUAAUUAAGAAGAAUUGCACAACUGGUUCUCCACGCGUUUGUGAUUUUAAAGCAGACCAAUGACACUGUGCACCUUUCUGGUUUUUAGCGGGGUUACUUGCAGAACUACU